UAUACAUGUGUGUGUGUUAAGUGCAAGCAAAAAGUUGUUUAACUAACCAAAAGAAAAAGUUUGAAAAGUGUCAAGCUAAGCGGCACGGUCAAUAACCCAACGGCAACAACAACAACAACAACAACAACAACCACCACCACCACUACAACAACUACAAGUGUUUUUUAUUUGUGGAUUUGCUUUGGCAUGCAAUGGCCUGCGGUUUAAUUACCGUUAUCCUUGCACAAGCAAACAGCACUCAACAACGCUUUGGAUUAUGCUAAGAGGUCUUGCCCGUCUAGGACAAACAAACGGCAACGACAGGUGAACACAUUCCAAUUGGAACUCACAGCACAACAAGCAGACUAAUUGGCACAACUACUUAACACUGAACAAGGCCAGGCCAGCUAGCCUCGCGCUUAGAUGUUCACCAUGAGCCAGCAACGGCAGCUGGUAGAGCAGUAAAGCACGCGCAUUCUCAACUGGGCCAACUCAAAGGAUUGCUGCCAACUGCAGGCGAUUCACAGCUCUCACCCCUGGAGGAGAAGCACCAGCAGCAGCAGCCACUAAACAUGCCAUCAAUUGGGAACAACAGCGUUGGCGACAACGACGGUGUCAGCGCCAGGACACUGGCCAACUUCCUGCCUGCGAAUGAUGCACGUCUCAGUUACAUAGUAAAUCAAGUGGCUUCCGCUUCCGCCACGUAUAGCCCGCCGCGCAUUGAGAGCCUCGUUGCCAGCUCGGCAGAGGAUGUGGGCAGCUUUGGGGACUUGACAUUCGACAUCUUCGAUGACGACGACGACGAAUUGUUUGGCUCGCCGAUGGCUUUCGAUGCCAGCGAGCAGGGACUAUGGAAUGGACGCUUUGUGCCGCCACCGCCCCGGCCCCCCUUCUUUGUGGACGAGCCCGUGCUGAGCGAUGGCCUUACCACGUGUGAUUUAUGCUCCUGGGCCAUGCCCACCAAGAGCACAUUUAUGUUCGAGGGCACGAUAGAGAAAGCCACUGAGCUGGGAUGGCCACUUACGCUGAUCAUUGUAUCCGUGUUGUCGGCGUUGCUCGGCGCCAUUGUCAUGAUUGCUGUGGUUCGUUGUCGGCGCAAGAAAUCGUCCAACAAUCGCAACGACACACAUGUACAGUGGUGGUCACGCAACAAGCGCGCCCACGGCAAUGGAACGGGUUCGGGUAGCGCCAAUAGCUCCGCUAGCACCGGCAGCAGUGCUCACAACAACAAUAACAACAACAAUCAUCUGAGACGCAGCAACAUUUACACCGCACACCCUGCGGACAGCAUACGGGGCAUGCAACCGCUACCGCUGCCACUGCCACUGCCACUGCCCAUACCACCCACGCUUGCAGCUGGAGCAGCCAACGCGCCGCCAAGUCAGCUGCAACAUCCGCAGGCGGCAGCACUGCAUUUCCAUCCAUAUCAUCAUCACCAUCAUCAUCAUCAACUGCAUCCGACGCCGUCGCAUUAUGGCCAUGACUGUGACGAGGAGGACGCCGCGUAUGAGGAGCCCGAGUAUCAUCAGCCGCAGCAGCUACAGCUGCAUGGCAGCUCCAGCUCCAGCUCCAACUCCAACUCAAACUCGAACUUGAACUCGCUGUCAUCGAUGGCCUCAACGCCCGCGUUGCCGCUUGCACCCGCGCCCAUGGUGGUCGCUAGCUGAGAGUCGGCCGUAAGCUGUGCCUGGAUCUGGCAGUGACAUGUUGCCGGGCAACAUGUUGCAAGCACAAGCUCCAGCUUGCCACUGCUUAAAAUGCGUCGCACAGAAUCUGCUGCAGAUCAUAAAAAGGAUUACAAGUAACUGUUUGUGAAGUUUAUUUUUGUUGUCAGCCAAGCAAGUCCAUAAGCGUCUAAGGAUUCACCAGAGCCCCCUAUAAAUACGUAUGUAUUCAAUGUGUGAGUGAGUGUGAGUCUCUGUGUGUGUAUGUGUGUGUGUGUAUGUGUAUGCGUGGGUGGUAGCUGCCUGUGUCUGCAAUUGGGAAAACCGAAACGAAUUUAGUGUCACUUCCACUUCCGUUUCGCAAACUAUCGCAACAGCCAGCAAAGCCCCAGACUCGCAACAGACUUCACAGAGCGAGGGGCAAGGCGGGGCUUAUAACAUGCUCUUUACAUGUCCUCGCACGUUUUAUCCUUUAUUGCCGAGCGGCAUUAGUACAGGGAUUUUGUCAGAUUAAAGCAAAUAAAGAGCGUGCUUUUUGUUGCCAACUGUCUCCCCCUCCCCCUCUCUGUCUCUCUCCAUGGCUAUGGGCAGCCGAUUUUUGCCAAUGAUGCUACAAUUUAAAAUCGUUGUCACCACACACACUAGCACGUGUGGCUGUCUAUAAGGUAUAUUAAGUGGAAAGCAUACACAUCGAGCUAUUUCAUGUGGGAAAGAGUUGAGCUCUGAUGCCGUCCAGGGUAUUUGUUAGCCUUUCCGUCUUUUUCGGUUUCAAGCCAUUUAAUGUCAAUGUGUCUAAGUAGUGUGUGUAUGUGUGUGUGCGUGUGUGUGUGUGUGUGUGCGUGUGUGUGUGGCAACUGGGAAUCUGUUUGUAUUGGCAGUGGGGUUUCUAGCCUGUAAAUGGCACAAAACUUUGUGGCUUUUCACUUCAUUCCUCUUGUUUUGUAAUUACAAAAGCAAAUAGUUUAGAUUGCCAUAGCAAACGAGCAAGAGCAAAAGCCCUGGAAUAAAACUCAAUACUAUAUAUUUGAAAUUUGCUAUCUCUUGCGGCUUAUGUGCAUCAUCAAUACCCUUUGACUGGAGCAUAGCAGCUUACGAUACAAGUAAACUUAUAUAAAUCAGUGUAAUGCCUUGUACAACAAAACAUAGAUUGAGGUUAUGUGAUAACAACUAAUUCAUAAAUAUAGUUUUUAUGCAAAACGCAGGCAGGUCGGAAGAUAAAAGAAGCUUUAUAUUUUCUGUAUUUUAUCAAUGCAAUCCAUAAAGGGUAUUACAAGUUCGUAUUCAAUAAAGGCAUUUGUACUUAUUAAGGCUUCGCUUUUGUUACUCCUAAAGUAUCCUUAAACAUUAAAGCAAUAGUAUUUAACACAAGUUUAUAACAAAUUCAUGUCAUGCAUAUCAAAUAAGCGUAAUUUACAAAGGCUACAACGCAGCUCAGCAACAGUGAGCAGUGAAGUACUUAAAACAACAAUCGAGCAAACUAAAAAUAAAAAAUGAAAACUAAAUAAAAAACUAAC